UUUACAUUAAUUUUUUAUUCCUACAUCGCGACCGCUCUACUUUUAAUUGGCUGCUGCGCACAGCCGGUGAACUUCAUUUGCCGCGCGUUGAUACAUAUCGUAUACCAAACGCUUAUACGUUUAGCAAGGUAAACUUAAUUAAGAUUGCUGAUCGUCCGACGAAUAAUAUUUUUCAGAAAAAUUGAGACCGAAUCUUGCGAGUAUCUGUACGUUGAUAUUUGUCGUGAUUGUCAUUCGACAGAGAACGUACAUUUCUCGUGGAUAUAUUCGGGAAAGAAUUACAGCAACAGCCCGAGUUGGUUCGAUCUGCGAGUAUAAGGUAAAAUGGCAGGUGUGCAUCGUUGAUCGCGGUUAAUUAUUACGUCUGUAAACGAACCGUGAUUCCCUCGCGAUCGCUCGAAAUUCAAGCGUAACCCGCACACCGUCCCGGCAAAUAUUUUCGCUAAUGACAAUGAAUAUGUGCAUUAAUUAAAAUCGUAUCGAUUGUUCGGUCGCGGAUGAAUUCCCCGUCGGCUCGGAGUGCGGAAUGGCAUGUGGAUGACGGUACGUCAACAGGUGGUAUACAGGAUGUUUCAACGUAGUAAAUAUCUCGGCACUUCUUCGAAGUUCGACGCAACUGUCACGUCUCUUAGGGUAGACCGGAGUAACAGCAUGUCCUCGAAUCGUGGAAUUCGCGGAUACCAAUGCGUGUGAGUUACAUCUCGCUAUAGAUUUGCGAAAUUUCUUCGUGAAAAUCACACGUUGCGUUACAAGUAUAGGUAUACAAUCAUCUCGUUGUCAGUGCACUUGGCUCGCGCACCUUAUGAAACACCUUGCAUGUACAAAUGUAACGUUAUUAUAUACGUGCACGAUUAUCGAAGCGGACGUUACAGCUACGUGUUUGCGAUCAGAUAAGCGUACGGUUGAAAUAAAUAUGUUAUCUGCGAUAAAUUAUGUGUGAAAAAUACAGUGCGAUAAGGGCUUAGUUAGCCUUUAGCGAUUUUAAGAGCUGGCUGCAUACGAGUGCUUCGACUAUCAUGGCGGGUGAACAGAAAGUAGAACAGCUUCAAAAAGCAACAGACAGAAUUCAAAAAGAAAUCGAAGAAGUUACGGAGAGAGAGUACGAGUUACGGAACGUGGGAAGCAUAAAGACAAUUUCCCUUGAGACUGUAGACGCUAAGGUACGUCGAAUGCCACUGGCUCUCGCCUCAGGAAAAUUGAAGAGAACUACGUCCACUCCACAAAUUUUAGAAUCAGUGAAUCAAUCAUCUCACACGACUAACUUAUCUCCAAAAAUGACUAACGGUGUGAUAUCAGCUAGAUCUACGCCGACUCCAGUUCGUUUUGCUACUAAUCAAACACAAAAAGGUUUGAUGCAAAGAUUUUUGGCCACCAGAGGAAAGAUCUACAAGCCGAAGCCUGUGAUCACUGAUUUUUCUCCGUUGAAGACUACGCCAAACAACGUUAACGCUAAUCCAUUGAGUAUCAAGCCGUUCAACGUGGGCCUGGAAAUUGAAAUUGAGCCAGAUGAUGAGCCAAAAAAACCACCUGUCAGAAAAGGCUACGUUCCGGUUGAGGAAAAAAUUCAAAAAGAAUUGAACGAAAUGAAAGAACGUGAAAAUGAGCUGAGAUUAAUGAGAUCUCAAAUGCUGGCAAAAUCGCAACCGAACCUCCUUGAUAUUGUUAACGACAGUGACUCAGACAUUUAUGAUGGGACAAGCUCGCUGCGGAGCGGAACAUCUUCCAAUACGUUGAAUGAAGAUGAACCGGAAAAAGAAUUCAAGGGAAAGCACAAGGCCAACCCUCGACGACGGAGUGCUUUGAUAGCACAGUGGGAAAAUAUCAUUGCAUCGAAAAAGGAAGUAAGUGAAAAUGGAAGUGAAAUUGAUGGAAAUUUGUAAGGAGCUGGCUCCUGUGAAUUUAUAUUACUAUUUUUAUACAAACUUUGAAAAGUUGCAUCAAAUAUCCAACGACUGUUUAUGUUAGUUCAGUUGGUACGUCGCCUCGUUGUGCCAACAGUUAUGAUUCAUCUUAUAAUAUCACAAGGCUGGUGCCGUGGCACUUGCUUUUUCCAAAAUCCCUGUAGCUUUGACUAAUUUCGUUUUUUGCAAUUAUUGUGUGAUUGAGACAUGUGUCCACAAAAGUGACGCAGGCAUGAUUGGUACAUUAUCUAGGACGCGUUGUCAUUAUGGUAACUAAUGAGAAAAGCUUUGUGAAAUGUAAAUAUGGUCUCUGUUAUGCAAUUGAAAUUGUAAUAUUCUAUGAUGCAUGAGUAUCGUUUCCCGUAUGUUCAUGUACAAGUAUUCAACGCAUGUUUGUGGAUUUUUUCUUGCAAGAACUUUAUGUAAAGCGCCUGAUAAAUUAUCGUGGCCCGGAUGAUGGGUUGAUGAGGAAUUUGAUAAAUGUUUUGGCAAUGUAAUUGCAGACUACAGACGCGUUACAUUAUAAUUAGAUACUUCAGGUGAAGAAGCUGAAUUGGAUCGUAUCGCAUGUAUAUUCGAUGCAUAAUUUCGUGUGAGAAUAUUUUUUUUAUUUCUCUGCAUUUCAGUAUUAAAUUGGUAGCUAAACUAUCAGUGUAAGUAUCUGAUAAUAUACUUAUGGAGCCACGUAAAUUAUAAAAAAUAUUCGUAUAAAGAAGUACAGAGCACUGUGAAAUUAAAUAUGUCCCAUUCUCGCCGGUGAUUUUGUCGAUAUAUACCUAUACAGGUGUAGUGUCGAUGUAUUAUAAUUAUUUUUUUAUAUAUUAAUUAUAUUGAUUAGCUGAUAAUAUAUAUAUACAUAUACAUAUACAUAUAAUACUAAUCAAAAAAUAUGUGCAAUGUUAUACUUAUAUCGAAACCGGAGCCGAGUUCUGUUACACUAUCUCGAUGAGUCCUAUUUUUGUUUAUUUAUAUUUUAAAUAUCUAUAUAUUGCAUUCUGUAUCAAUCAUUUAGCUAUAAAUUAUUUCACCUUACUCAAUUGUGGCCUUGCAUUUGGAAAUGAUAUACGUCUAGGCUGAAACAUAUUUGGCGCAUCCUUGACCUGAUUUCACUUAUGAAAUUUAAUAUUCCACCUAUCACAUCAGCUGCAAUUAUACCGUACUAGUUAAACACAGUGAUAAUCGAUGCUCUAGAUUAUCUUUGUUCCUUGAGAUCUAAAAGAAAGAAAAGAAUAUGAACUUUCAGAUAUAUAUUUUUUUUUUUCACAUCAGCCAUUUCAAUGGUCGAUUAUCUUUUUGUGUGUCACGAGUAUCAGUAUCACGAUGUACAGCACUAUAAUUGCUGUCGUCAACCUGUACGCUCAUUACUCAUAAUGUCAAGAAUCAUGUAUAUUUCAUGAUAUUGUUGAAUUAUUAUAUUGGUAUAAUUACUAUUAUUAAUAUUAUUAUUAUUAUUAUCAUCAUUAUUUUGUCAUUGUUAUUGUCCUUAUUAGGAACGAUGAAACGUUCGUAUGAUUCAAGUAUAUACCUUCUAUCAAUUUAUUCAGACCUAACAUUCAGUAACAAGAAUACAUGGUUACAUGCAUUACACCGAAUUGUAUACGUAAACGAUCAUACCUAGAAUUGUAAUGAUCAGUACAAUAAUGUGACGUAUUUUUCCCUUUCCGAAUAAAUUUUCGACCCGCAAAA